AUGACGGAAUUGGACAGGCUUUACGCCGUUUGGCAGCGCUUUGCCUCUGGAGAAUGCGAUCUUUUUGAAGUUGUAGUGAUAAUAGAAGCCUCGGUUGAUAUUUCGCUAGAUCAUAUCCCCCAAAAUACCGUUUCGGCUCUCGCCACGCAGCUUGAAUCUAUGCUAGAUAAAGAUGAAAUCGAGCAAACAAAGCUGAUCCGUCUCAUUCACGUUUUACGGCGAUUCUCUCGCUCGACGGACAUUUCAAUCAAGUUUCUUACGCGAUGCUUUUCCUCCGUGCUGGACUCUUCCGACGACGAGAAAUUCGAAAGCAUCUUUCUUGACACACUGUUUGAGUUUUUCGAAAUCAUCAUCGAUCCCCGCAGAAACUGGCGGGACCAAAACUGCAAGAACAAAUCUGACACGACGGCGCGGGGAAACAUCGAAGACUUCGUUCGACCUUUGGUGGAUUACGCCAGAGCCGUGGGGAGCUUUUCUGGCUCAGGCGGCUUUUUGAAGAAGCGGCUCGUUUUGCGCGUGUACGGCCUUUUGCUCAGUUCGAAUAUCGCGCAUCAUCGACUGCUGCUCACGCAAGAGCUGCUAACUGUUUUGGAGCAAGAGCUGCGGCGCUCGAUUGAUCCUGGCGAAGACUUCAACGGGCAUUUCGAGCUUGUUCUUCGAUUAUUCGAGCGUUUUAUUUAUUCUACUCACAAUUUCAAGGGUCUUCAGCCUAUUCCGCUUCGCGACUGCAUUUCCUGUUUUCUGUCAAUUAUUCGCCACAGCGCAAACAGCCAGUUCCUCUCCUCGGUCAAUCGCAUCAUAUCGAACAGCAACAACGGCGACAUUUCGACCAUGCAAAUGAGCUUUCUUCAAAACGGCCUUUUCGCAAUUCUCAAAUCGUUGAUGGACGAGGACAUUGACAACAUCGACGCUGAUACAUUCCUCUCCACUGUAGAGAGACUCUCGAGCAACAAUGAAAACGUGAAGGCUGCGAUUAUUGACGUCUGGGGAUCUUGGAAGGACUUGCUCGAGCCGCUCUUCUGGCAAACAAAGAACCAAAAACAGUUCAUAUCCAGACUGCUUCACUUCUGCUUGGAGCGGACUUAUGAAGGGACGUCUUUCGAACGGCUCAAGAUUUCUGAAAUUCCGACUCUUACAGUCACUUGGCUGUUGCAAGUGGACGAGUCUAUUCGCCUGUGGCUAGUUGAGAAGAUCGAAGAUCUCUUCAAAUACUCGACGGCGAAUCGAGUCUUGGGCUUCGAAGCUGACAUCGUUGGAGCUCUCCUCAACUAUCUCGAAGAAGCACACGAAAGCCAUGUUCCUCGAGAAAUUGUCGACAAGGUCAUUUCUAUCAUUUCCACAGUGUCAUCGUACGCUAUCUCCACCGAGAAUUUGACAAAACUGCUCAAGCUCAUCCAUGACAAACAAUCCUACGGGCUAGCUUUGCUCCAGUGCUUGUCUGAAAUUCCGAUGGACCGUUCGCCCGCGCAGGACUUUUUCGAAAUGUACGAUCAAGGGACUGGCCUGUCAUCGGAUUAUAUCCAGCCGCUUUUAAAUGGCUUUACUUACUUUGGCUGGUUCUGUCUUGAUCCUUUUCCGGUAAAGGUUUCAUGGAGACGAGUUCUCUUCAGUUUCCUGGACAAGAACUAUUGCGGCUACGAGCUUUUCAUUUCCGACCAAAAUAAGCUUGUAUUCGCGCAUUUAUCGAAAAGCUCCUUUACUACCGUCACUGCGGAGCUGGAAAAAUCAGUCGUCGACUCUUCGUGGCACUCUAUCGCAGUCCAACUGAGUCCUGCUUCGUUGCUUUCUGGCACCGCGACGUGUAGCAUUUACAUCGACAAGUUUUUGAUCUGUUCUCACAAACUGACCACCACAUCGACGGAUAAACUCAAAGUGAGAAUAGGAUGUGGCCUGGACAUGCCAAGUCAAGGAAUGCCCCUGUCGAAUUCGAUCUCUGGAAUGGCCGGCAUGGCUCUUGGAAGCAUUAUGUCUAAAAUGACCAAGUCGAAGAGCGAAGAAUUCAACGACGACGGCUCCGUAAGCUGGUGCAAAGCUGAGUCAAGGGAUAGAAUCUGGGGACGUCCUCGAAGUGUUCACGGACUGAUAGGAUACCAGCUGCUUCUCAACGCCGCUGUCCCUGAAAAUCUGAUUCAGCUUCUUUCAGAGUGGGGGCCAAACUCUCUCGUUCAAUUUCAAUCAACCAAUUCGGCAACAUCUGACUUUCAAAUAUUCUUGCGUCUUUACUAUCACCCGAAAAACUGCGACUCCUACUCGGUGCGGAAUCUGGCACCGACAGGGCGAAACGAUGCCUGUUUGACAGGAAGACUACGUGGUGCUCCUGAUAUUCGAGCGGCUGUUCAUGCACUCUCAGGCAUCUCGGUUAUGUUUCCACUUCUUGAUCAAAUAAAAAGAUGGCCGCCGGUAUCUGAGCGUACUCAAUUACAUCCGAUGGCCAUUUUUAUAAGACUUUUGCGGAAACUGCUCAAUGGGAGUGAUGUUCCAUUGAAACUAAUUGCUGUGGAGAAUAAUUCGUUUGCGAUCCUUGGAGCCCUUUUGCAAAAGUUCCCCGGUCCAUUGAUUGAUGGAAAUUUUCUGUUCGAAUGUCAGCGAUUACUUGAAGCUUUUCCAGUUUCGGAGUUUCCUGAUCUUGUAUCCGAUAUUCGCCAUUACUUGCUUUUCGACUUCCGAGUGUGGUGCCAUUCUGACUACGCUACAAGAGUCAGUCAUGUUCAGUAUCUUUCUACUUUGAUAAAAGACUCCAAACGUUUCAAUCGCUCACAGUAUGGCGUUUGUUUCAUGCUCGAUGUCAUUCGGACGUACUGCUGCAAGUCGUUUCCGCUCCCAUCGUCGUCGAGUAGGGAUGGUGAAUUAUCAACCCGAAGCUCAGUUUCAUCGAUGGAUAUCGGCAUUCUUCCUGAAGACGAAAAGCAAGUUCGCGGGGCGAUCUUUUCUUUAGUCAAGUUUUACAUGCUCAAAAACACGAACGUAGACGAAAUCGACGCGAUUCUUAGCUUCAUCAUUGUUUGCUCAGUUGGGGGCUCGGAAUCAGAAGUCAGCGCCGCUGCAGAAGCACUUACAUCCUGCAUUGAGCUAUUGAGGCGACCAGGCUGCGAGAAUCUUGUACGAAUCAUGUUCGAAGCUGAAAAAGGAGAGCUUCUUUGGUAUCUUCUUACGCUUGAAAACGCACCCGAACUACAUUCAUCAAUCCUAAACUUAUUCUUGCUCCUGUUAAAGUCGUCCCAUGUCUCGGAAGAAUACAGAGGUCGAUUGAGACUCUCCUCAGCCGGCGGAAUUCUCGGAAUACUUCUAAAAUCUAAAAUAGCAGAAUCCCGUAAAGCGCAUAGCUUGCUCAUUGAUGUCGUGUUUACGUGCAGUUUUACAAUUUCCGAUCGCCUUGCACUCGUCCACUACAUUGGCACGCAUUCAGGAGUGAAAGAAAAGCUGAAAACAGCGAGUCUCGUUUCCGAGUGGCUUUCUGCUAGUCCAGAACAAGCGAGGCAAGCUGCUGCGAUCGCUGGAUGGCAAGAUACUCUGGUUCGUCUUCUUCAAGUCCCCCACGGUGAUAAGUUUGCCAGUGAAGCUGUAAGCGAAGAAGUUCACGAAGAGCUCGUAGAAAAUGUAGUGAACUCGAUCUACCAAAUAUCCUGGAAUGGGUCAGCCAAAGGACGUCAAACUCAUCUUGACAAGUGGAAAGCAUCUCUUGCCGCACUGUGCUCAAUUGAACGACUUGUCGGCAUCGAGAUGUACGUAAUCACCGGUCAGCAGCUGAUCCGAAAGUGGGUGGAGAAGGCAAUUCUGAAAAUUUACAAAGAUUCUUCUGACUCUUUCAAUUGUGCGAAGGAUGGUGAAACCUUGUGCGUUCUUUUCUACAACUUCUACUUUCUUGAGGCAAAUAGAACGAAAGUUUUGGAAGAGGCAGAUUUGCAAUUACUCGUGAAGUUGAUGGACGCCAUGUUUGUCUGGGAGAACUCAGAAUCUGAUGGAUGGCCCGAACUUCAGGCAAUUGCUAUUGCAAUUCUUGUUUACUCGAUGAAGAGCAAGAAGAUUUCCGUCAUCGCUGAAGCGAGUUCACAGCUCCAUCGUCUUCUUGUUGGCCACAAUCGGUACUCACCGGAGAGCGCGGCGUUCGUCCUCAACGGGCUAAUUCUUCUCGUGUUGUCUGAGCCCGAUCAGCGUGUUUCCAGUUUCGUCAUUCCAGUCAUCCGCGAUCUUGUCGAUUCUAUUCCUUGGGCGGCGUCUCGUAUGCCGAAUAUGCCUGCACGCGAAGGAAACUUAAUGCAGUUCCAGAACUCAUUUAUCAAGUACACCGAGUCCGAUGAAAUCAUGGCAUUCAUCACUGAAGUCGCAACGCCUGCAGCGAGCAAGUUCGAACAAUCAUUAGACAAUCACCGAAUCGUGGAAAUAAAUUUACUUCUUCAGCAAGCUUCGGAACUGGCAAUAAUCGAGUCACAUCACCGCGACAAGCAAAGUGGAGAAGCAAAGCUGUUACUAGAAGGGAACUUGAACGAGCCGUUCAAAACAUUCCUUGAAAACGAACGCAAGCGUUAUGAAAAAGCGAAGAGACAAUUAGUAAACCAACAUGCAGGCUCAUUCCGAAGCUGGAGAAGACAGAAUCGCUUCUUGGCUGGUCCAAGAGGCGCGUGGAGCAACAAUAACUCACAAACUUACUCAAGUCAAAGCUCGGAAAAGCUCUCGAUCGCUGACGAUAAACACUGGCGAUUGUCAAAUGUGGAGAACUCGUUGCGUAUGAGACUGAAGCUGACGCAGAACUACAACUUUGAUCCUCAUAUUGAGGCCUCUCGAGCGAGAGACAAUCGCAACAUUUCGAUCAAGGAAAUCGAGUCAUUGCCGGAGAUCGAAGUAAAGCCCGUCUUGGAAGACGAAACUGAUGGAGAUGAGGACUGGAAUGCUCUUACGCCUUCUCCAAGCAAGGAGCGUCAAAAAGAAAUCGUAAAACACGUCGAGAGCUGUCAACUGAUAACGCUUACUGGCGAGAUCGAGGGUCGCCUGGAAAUUUCGAACUUGUUUCUUUACUUCUUCGAUCUGAGUGAAAAGAAGGAACUACCUCUUGGAGUGGACGAAGAGAUCGAAGCGCUUUCAGAUUUUAAAUGGUCUUUGGCAAUCAAUUUCAGCUCUCCAAAAGCACUUUCGAACAUCAUCUCGGCAAUUUUAUCCUCCAAACCGACCAAUCUUCAAUCCAGACCUAGCAAGUCAAAUGAAAAACUCUUCCAGGCCUCUGGAAUCACACAAAAAUGGGUCAAUCGCGAAAUUUCAAAUUUCGAAUAUCUCAUGCAGCUGAAUACAUAUGCCGGACGAACUUACAACGAUCUCUCUCAGUAUCCAGUUUUCCCAUGGAUUAUUGCCGAUUACACCUCGAAUAAACUCAACCUAAAGGAUCCAGCGACAUUCAGGGAUCUUUCAUGGCCAGUUGGCGCCAUGAAUCCAUCAGCUCGUGGCUAUCUCAAGGAGAAGUUCGACAAUUUCGAAGACCCAACCGGUGAAAUGAAGAAAUUCCACUACGGAACUCACUAUUCGAACGCCCCGACUGUGAUGCACUAUUUAAUCAGAAUGGAGCCAUUUACCACGCUUCAUAUUCAACUUCAAGGCAAUAAAUUUGACAUUCCCGAUCGGCAGUUCCACUCGAUCGAGCAAACAUGGAACUCGCUUUGGGAGGCGCCGGAAAACGGAGUGAAGGAAUUGAUUCCCGAGUUUUUCUACAUGCCCGAAUUCCUCGAAAACCUCAACAAAUUUGACCUUGGCACAAUGCAGCACACAAAAGAAGUCGUUAAUGACGUGGAGAUGCCGCGCUGGGCAAGUUCGCCAGAGGAUUUCAUCAUCAAGAACAGACAAGCUCUGGAAUCGGAUCAUGUGUCAGAGAAUCUUCACAAAUGGAUCGAUCUUAUCUUUGGUUACAAACAAAGGGGAAAAGAGGCCGAAGAGUCGUUGAAUGUAUUCUAUCAUCUGACAUAUGAGGGUGCUGUUGACCUUGACUCCAUCAAAGACGAAGCUCAGCGUCACCAAAUGGAGCAGUUUAUUAACAACUUCGGCCAAACACCGACUCAGCUGCUCAAAACUCCACAUCCAAAGCGAAAGUCAAAGGAAGAGCUCCGCUUAGAAAAUAUUAAGCCGUAUCAAACCUUGGAAAUGGCCUCAGUUGAGGUUAUACAAAAUCAUAUCUAA